ACCACAACGCGCACGACUCCGAAGCACCCCAAAGACCGGAAACAAACAUGCUGUGAACUGGUUGGUCCGUCCAUGGUUUCACUUUAUAAGCAGCCGCCUCUCGAUCGUUUGUCUCUUUUCUAAGCUUCAUGUGUCUAAAUUACUGAACAUUCCGGAGCCACUCACAUUUAUUUGCAAUGUUACCAACUGUUGUGAAGACUACGGAGCCGGGAUUCUGCUUCGAAAACACUUUAAGAAAUGCAGCAUUGGACAGUUUGGUGAAGGGGAAGAAACCCAAGCCCCUUAAAACUGGAACAACUAUUGCUGGAGUUGUGUUUAAGGAUGGAGUGGUUCUUGGUGCAGAUACUCGUGCCACAUCCAGUGAAGUGAUUGCUGACAAGAUGGUUGCCAAGAUUCACUACCUUGCUCCUAACAUUUAUUGCUGUGGUGCAGGGACAGCAGCAGACACACAGAAAGUUACUGAUCUUAUAUCCUCCAAUCUCACUAUCUUCUCAAUGAACAGCGGGCGAAACCCCCGUGUCAUCAUGGCAGUCACUGUCCUCCAGGAUACUCUCUUUAGAUACCAUGGGCAGGUUGGCGCUAACCUGCUGCUGGGUGGGGUGGACUGCACAGGAGGUCACCUUUAUGAUAUUGGACCUUAUGGGGACAUGGACAAGGUGCCAUUUCUUGCUAUGGGAUCAGGAAAUCUAGCAGCUAUGGGAAUUUUAGAAGACGGCUUUAAAACAGACAUGGAUAUGGAGUCUGCCAAACAUCUAGUUCGGGAUGCCAUUUAUGCAGGUAUAAUGAAUGAUCUGGGUUCAGGUCAUAACAUUGACUUGUGUGUCAUUACAAGAAAUGGUGUUGAUUACAUAAGGCCAUACCAGGAGUCAGAACAGAGAGGGAAAAGAGAGGGACGUUACAAAUACAGCCCAGGAACAACAGCAAUACUCACAGAACAAGUUCAGCAUUUUGAAAUGGAAUUGGUUGAAGAGAGGGUGCAAACCAUGGAAACCUCAUAAAGAUUGCACACUGCUUUUUAACAUUUAGUAUGCCAACCUCUUCGAGUGGCCACAAAUGAAUGAGAAUUUAAAAUAUAAAAUUGAUCUCAAGUCAAAUACAUAUAGGAGAGAAUAUGACAGACAAGACAUACUGACACAUGAAAUCUGAAUUUUCAAAUAAACUCUGAUUUGUCAGUUUUGAAA